AUGGUUCAGAACGGAGGUGACUUCGACCUCGACAUCGACAUGGCUACCGACGUCACGGCCGAACAGCUGCUCACUCAGCUUGCUCGAAUCAAGGAACUCGAGAACCGCGAAAAGUACUCGCAGAAGUUGGUUAACGAGGCCUACGCCAAAAUCGAGGCACUCGAGGGCGCUAAAGCGAAGCGCAUUAAGAUCGAACUACCUGGCAAAUACGGAGGAACCAAGGAGGAUCUCGCAGGAUUCUUGAUAAACCUCCGAUCCUACUUCCGGCUUAAUGAUGACAAGUUUCCGGAUGACAAAGCUAAAGUCCUCUACAUAGCUACAAGACUAGAGGGCAAGGUACUUAGAUGGUUCGAGCCUACGUGGAACGACUAUCUCACCGAGGAAGAUGAAGACGACCGAGACACGUUCACACUCGCCAAUCUCCGACAGACUAAGUUAGCAGCCUCCUACGCCGAAAAGGUCAAGGACGAGCUGUACAAGUACGAUCGGCCUGAGACUCUGGAUGAAUACAUCGCGCAGGCCAUUAGAAUCGAUGAUCGACUCUACGCACGAGAGCAGCAGAAACGAGGUCGAAUGAACGGAACCACGGUUAAGGCUAACGACAAGAAAAAGCGAGCGUACGUCAGUACUUCGUACGGGACGCACCCCGGAGCCAUGGAUAUGGACGCAGCACAGAAGCAGGACCAGAAGAAGACGACCAAAGACAAGUCCAAUGAAAUUACGGCCAUCGACGAAACCACCAAGGACGUUAUCGAAGUAGCGGCUACGAGCUACGAAGACAAGGGCAGUGACAUAGACAGUCUCGGACACGACGGCAACGGUAAAGACGAACAAGCACCGAACUCCGAACUAGUCACUGUGGAUCCAGAGACAGGUCUUGCCGAAUGGGACAUGGCAGGAGAAUAUGCACCGCUAGCUUCGAUUCUCCCGGCCUUAGGACAGUGGGGUUUCACGGUCACGUAG